UCCAAUCCCAUUUUUAAGGAUUCUCUGUAAGAUUCUUAGUAAAAUGCGUAACAAAUGUUCAGAGAUGUUUAUACUUUUGAUUUUUAAUAGGACAGUUUUAAAGAGUACAAACUCGACCAAUAUUAUAUAUUAAUUAUGAAUUGUAUUUAAUAAUGAAGACCCAUUAAUUAACCUGUAUUAUCCUCUACCUUGUACCUGUUACAGAGUACAAAUGUCCAACCUGCAACGAUCAAUGUUGGCCGGUGGAAUGCCGCCACCUCGUGGCAUGCCGCCGGCCCCACAAUCCCGCCGGUCGCGUCCAGGCAGCUUCCGGCGGCGAUCCUACAGUCCGGUUAGCUGGAGGAAAUAUUGGGAUGAUAAGGAACGCGUUGAAACAGAUCGAGGAGUAUAUACAGUAUUCUCCCGAGGGAGUGGAGACACCCUAGUGUUACUCCUUCAUGGAGGUGGAUACUCAGGACUAACCUGGAGUCUAGCUGCUGAACAAUUGAGUUCUAUGGCAGGAUGUAAGAUUGCUGCAAUAGAUCUCAGGGGUCAUGGUGAGACAGAAACUAAAGAUGGUGAUAUGAGCAGAGAUUGUCUAACCCAGGACGUUAGAUCAGUGGCUGAUAAACUUCUAGAAAAUGGGGAACAGAAGAACCUGGUUCUAGUUGGACAUUCGAUGGGCGGAGCAAUUGCUGUCUCCACUGCCGCAGCUGGGGGCGUGGCAGGUAAUUAUAAAUGGAAAGGAGGAGAUCAUCUACUGGACUUAUUAUUGGAAUCCUUAUCAAAUAUGCAGGGCUUCCUUCGUCCCAGACCACAGCAGUUCAGGUCUGUAUCCCACGCUAUUGAAUGGUGCGUGAGGUCAGGUCAGGCUAGGAACCUAGAUUCAGCCAGGGUUAGCAUGCCAGGACAAAUAAAGGACCGGGAGGGCCGUCUAGUAUCUUCUCUUGUUCAUGAAGUAACAACACAGGAGCCAGAGGUUAUUGAUGUUGGGAAAAGGUUGGCUCCUGUACCCCCUCCUGACAGUAUAAUAGAAGAAGAUGAGAAGGAUGAGAAAGAAGAAAAUGAAGGAAAGGACGAGGAGAAGAAGGAGUUUUCAACUCCGGAGAAAAUUAAUGGGGAUAAGAAACCGGAAGAUGGUGACGGACCAUACACCUGGGCCGUUGAUCUCUCCACUACAGAGCCUCAUUGGGCCAGCUGGUUCCAGGAUCUGUCCAACAAUUUUCUGUCUGCCCCGUCUGCUAAACUUCUUCUGUUAGCUGGAGUUGACCGUCUAGAUACUAACCUAACUGUAGCGCAGAUGCAGGGUAAAUUCCAGAUGAUCGUUCUCCCUCAGGUUGGACACGCUAUACAAGAAGAUUCUCCAGACAAGGUUGCUGAAGCAAUUGCCAAUUUCCUUGUUCGUAACCGUCUGGCUGACUCAAAAGACAGUAAUAUUGUUGUUCCUAAAGGGCCCAUUAGGGCAUAAUUAAUUGAUUAGUUUUUUAUUAAUUAAUCAUUGUUAAUUAUUUCAAAGCUUUCAUAGAGGGAUAUUAAAGUAGUAAUCACUCAAGCAUAAGUACACUUGGUAGGUUUAAACAUGCCUGUGUACGUAAUAUUUACUUUACGCCAUGCAGUUCACUAUUUGUUAGUAUACAGAAGACACAUCUGUUGAGAUUCCCGGUGUACAAAGUUCUUGAAUGAUCGUGUUUGAUCAUUGUUGUACCUUGUUGUAUAUUGUACUCUAGUUGUACAUACGGAAAAUACACUAAGAACCCAGAAUACUCACAGUGAGAACCAGAAAUCUGUGAGAUAUGAAGACGACAUUAAACCCAAGUGUUUUAAACAUUGUGUUUACAUUCCUCCAAGAGAUUGUGGUACACAUUUUUGUCAACAUAGUUAUUGGAGUUCCUGGUUUAUUUUCUUUGGAUGUACAUUACUCUCAUCACACAAUGCACCCAUAGUUAACAUUAUUGCUUUUAAUAUUAAUUAAUAAUUUACAUUUUACACAUAAUAUAUUUUAACUUGAACCCAAAUAAGAAUAUAUGUGAUAAUUUACGUCACAAAAUUUGCACCGUAUUAAUAUUAAUUCGUGAAUCGGGGGGUUGUAUUUCUAUGCUUGAGUAAAGGUAUUUUAUACUGCUUCUGAGUUUUCGCCAAUAUUUUUUAAGUGAUAUAAUAAGCUUUAAUUUUAACUGAAAAUAUUGGAUACUAGGCAUGUAAAGGGAUAAGUUUUUAACGUUACUUUUCAUUUUUCCAUAAACAGAUCGUAAAACUUUUUUAUAUUGGAGGAUUUUCAAAAAUACCCAACGUUAUUUUUCCCAGCAAAUAAUAAAUUAUUAGAUCUCUAGAAUCUCAUUUUCUCCUAUUUUUCAAAGGUUUUUGCAAUAAUUAAGUAAUUCUCAAUAUUUAAAGAGAUUAUUAUAAAAUUAUAUUACUGGGUAAUGCUAAUGGUUUUUAAGAUGAGGAUUUACUGUAAAAGGGUCAAAAAUUGUUUUUUGUUUUCGAUUGACGUAUUCAACUGUUCUGAUAAGCUUAUAUGUAUAUUGUAUAUUAUACAUUUCCUGCUGCAUUAAUCCAUCCUAACUAGGAUUAAUCUCCGGUUUGAAAAUAUUAAUUCACACAUUUUUGGGACAAGCUUAGCUGUUUUCCAAACUGAGAUGUGUAAUACUUAUUUUCAAAAACGUGACCAAUCCUAUUAACCUUUACUCAAAUCCGUCUAAAAUAUUAGAAAGGACUGUUGGAAGUAAUUUUUAUUGAUAGAGUGGCAUGUCAGAUUCUAAAAGAUACUUCGAAACCUUUUGGUCGAUUAAGAAUGAAUGAGAUAUCCAUUAUUUGAAAAUUGAUAAUUUUAUUAUAAUAAUUUGCAGAAUUCAACCCUUCUUGGUUAGCAAACGAGCAUAUUUUGCACAUUAUUCAUUCGAUAAAUGUUUAAAGGGUACGGUCGCGAACCUGGUUUGACACUCCAGUUUUUUCAUAAUUACAACAACAGUCCCUUUAAGAGAUGUUAUAUAAAGCACGUGGGUUGUCCAUUGCUCCCUUAAAACCUUGUUAAAACUAAUCUAAGCUGGGAACUAUAGUGUUGAAUUCUCAUGAACCCGAUUGCUUGAUCUCGAUAGCAACUGGGGGCACUUUUGAUUUGAGGACAAAUGCUUAAUCUCUUAAUUUCAGUAAUUCCUCCCCUUAUCAAAGCUCCCUUCAAGCCUUAACUAGGUACAAUAAUAAUGCGGGAUAUCGAUUAAAGAUAAGAUUGAUCUCGAUAUUAACAAUACAAAAGUUCCCAGCUAAGGUUCCUAGACACGCCUAUCUUGUUUCAGA